AUGAAUGAGAGCGUGGUCGGACAGGCCCAGAGCAGCACGGGUCACUGCAUGAUACGCCUUGUUGAUGGUGCUGAUCGGGUCGCGGUCCGCGCGUCACAGCUGGAAACCGGUCAGCUGUGUGGUGGAGUCCGGUGUGGCUUCGGUCAGCCACGAUUCCGUGAAACACAAGACAGAACGCACCAGGGCCCCAGCGGGCUGCCCUCGUCGUCUCAGCCGGAGUCUCACUGCGUGUCCGAGGACCACAGCACCUUUGAUGAGCGACCGUUCGUGGCGCCAUCUUGUAACAAGUUGAUUGAGGUCUCCUGUGUUUUAGAGGAGAGCUGCAUCUUACCCUGCAGGUUUCAGCCUGGUACAGACCCAGUCAUCAAAUGGAAGAAGGUGGAUCCAGGAAACCCUCGUCUCGUCUCCUACUACAGUGCCAGACACCAGAUUGAACUCCAGAACGAGCGCUUCAGAGGCCGGACAUCGAUGUUCACAGAUCAGAUCUCCAGAGGAAACGCCUCCAUCAGGCUGAUGGGGCUGCAGCUUCAGGACCAGGGCCGAUACGAGUGCUACACCAGUACCAUCACUGGAGUCAGGGAGGAGUCAUUCAUCAACCUGAGAGCAGAUGCUCCGGUGCGUCACGUGGACAUUGAGCAGGUGGAGGACAGCUUCACCUGCCGCUCAGAGGGGAUCUACCCCGAGCCGCAGCUCACCUGGUCCACCAGGCCUCCGUCCACCGUGACCUAUCAGAACCAAACCUCAGUGAAGAGGACGGAGCAGCAGCUCUAUGAGAUCAGCAGCACAGUGACACUGUCAGACAGAGACACUGUUCUGAUCUGCAGCAUCAGCACUCGCAGUGGCUGGAGGAGCUCGGUGUGGUAUCAACCCACUCCCGUCCAUGUGUCAUCGUUUAAAACAACAACAACAAUCCACUGCACUGCUCCAAACACCAAACCCCCGACACACCGGGUGUGGAAGUUCAACCACAGUCAGAUCAUUGUGGACCAGACCGGGGUGGACGGCCCCCCCAGGGUCUCAGAGCAGUGGAGGCAGCAGGUGGAGGAUGUGUCAGCGUCAGGCAGCCUCACGCUGCACCGCUUAUCUUCAGAUCACCAGGGAACGUUCACCUGUGAACUCAGUAGUGAAGAGGAGACGCACUUCAUCAACCGCUACGUGACGAUAGAGGAAGGUAAGAUCCCAUGAGACGAGAAGUGAUGAUGAAAUCCUCAGAGCGACUGUCAGACCUGAGGCUGGUGCAGUGAGUCCUGGUUCCUCCUGGUGGAGCAGAUCCCCCAGGGCUCCGUCCUCCAGCUCAUCAGGAGCUUCAUGUCCACAUGUUGUCAGGAGAACAGGAACCAGGAGGACACACACACACA